AUGUCUACACCGACUGUUCAGCUUACAUUCACCCUACGCACGUCGCCUAACGUGCGAACGGUACACUUGCUCGGUUCCUGGGACAAAUACCAGAAACAGCUACCCCUUUCGGCCAUCAAAGAUCCUUCAGCCAAGCCCGGAUCUUGGAAAGGCACCUUCCGCUUCCAAGGCGCACAUGCUUUACAGCUAGGAUCAAGGUACUGGUACUACUACAUUGUAGAUGGUCACCACGUAUCACAUGAUCCUGCUAAGGAGUAUAUCACCGAGAAGACCACUGGGCGCAAGCUCAACAUUCUCGAUGUACCUGGCGGAAAGUCUGGCAGCGACAGCAAACAACGUCCGAGCGUUCAAACACAAAAUCUGAGCGGUAGCAACCGCCACUCACGCGACAUACCUCAGGGCCGAGGCAUAAGCCCGAGUAAGAUCGCACAUCCGAAGCCUUCCAAACCAUACGAAUCUCGGCAUCUACGCGAGGCAGACUAUGACAGGUCGCCCGUAGAUGAUCUGGAAGACCGCUUUGCUGCGACUCGACUCUCUGACCGAGACCGUCACGGCAAAUACUCAUCGAGCCCUUCGGAUUUGUCGGAUGACAGCUCCUCGAGCGGUCCGAUAUUUCUCAAGUCACCACAAUGGGGCUCGGCAUGCGAGGCUGCUUGGAUAUCCUUCCUGCAGGACACGACAGCUGUGUUUGAGCUCAUGGCUCUGGCCCCACAAGUCAUAAAGGCACCGCUUGGAAGCCAUGGAGCAGCUGAUACGGAGCUGUUGGUGAAGAAGAAGACAGAGGUCGUGCCCGAUCACGAACGCAGUCAUGGCUACCACCAAUGGCAACCAUCACACCUCUCGGACGACUACAUCGAGCCGACGGGAUCUAAGAACACACUCACCCCAACGGUGACGAAUCUCACGAUCACGCCGGAGAUGUUCGAGAAGCUCUACCUGACACCUAAAACUCCACGUGUUGGAGACCUCUCGAAGCGAUUCGCCAACCCUACGCCGCUGGGCUUCAUUGGAUUCGUGAUUUCGACGCUCAGCUUCUCGAUGGUGCUAAUGGGAUGGGGUGGUGCGAGUGGCGCCUCUGCACUUGCGGGGAUGUUCAUGUUUGUCGGACCUCUGCUGCUCCUUUUGACCACAAUUGCGGAAUGGAUAAUGGGCAACUUUUUCUCGAUGAUGGUCUGCGGUCUAUUCAGCUACUCUACUACCGGCUCGGCAGCAGAAGGAGCAGUGAGCAAGGAGUACAAUGCUGUGAUCGCGCUGUACCUAAUCGUUUGGGGCUUUGUGCUACUGAUGUUCUUCAUCUUCACGCUGAAGACAAACAUGGUCUUUGCCGGAAUCUUCCUGUUCGUGACACUUGGUGCAUGGAUCCUUAGCGGUGCAUACUGGAAGGUCUCGACGGGUGAUUAUGAUCAGGCUGGAAAAUUGCAGAAGACAGGAGGAGCUAUGCUUUUCAUCGUAGGUCUUCUGGGCUUCUAUAUCACGUUCGUCAUCAUGGCGGCGGAGAUGAGACUCGCUAUCAACCUGCCAGUUGGCGAUCUGAGCCACUACUGGAAGAAGACGGACGUCGAGCUUGCUGCCGCCGCGAAGGAGGCGUGA